GAAGGGUGAUGUGGCUGGGGCUUUGCCGACCUCACUAUGUCUGCCAUUUUCAAUUUUCAGAGUCUGUUGACUGUAAUCUUGCUGCUUAUAUGUACCUGUGCCUAUAUCCGAUCCUUGGCACCCAGCCUUCUGGACAGAAAUAAAACCGGGUUGUUGGGUAUAUUUUGGAAGUGUGCCAGAACUGGUGAACGGAAGAGUCCUUAUGUUGCAGUAUGCUGUAUCGUUAUGGCCUUCAGCAUCCUUUUCAUACAGUAGCUCGGAAAAAUGCCAGAAUUCUUCAGUUGCCAUCAGAUUUAAAUAUGACAAAAAAAGGACUAUCUGCCAAAAAUAAUGGAAAGAAUGGUUAACCCUUUUAUCUCUGAACAUUGAAUGAGCUACACUUUCGGCUGCUGUUCUCUAUUUUUGUUAUUGGACCAAUGUUCUGUAUAAAUAAUUAGGAUGUAACAUUUAAUACUCAGAAUUUAAAUAUGUCUGUAACAAUCAACCUCAGUACUGUCGCUACAAUAUUACAUUCUGCAUAUGUCAUUCUCUUGUGCCAGAUACCAGUUUUUAGUGAGGUAUCUUUAAGGCACAUAGUAGAAAACAAAAUUGGUAAAUUAUUCAAGUUCCUUUCACUGUGAUUUGGAAAUGAUAAAUCUUUAUAGAAUGAGA